CAAGGACGCGGUGCGCGGCUUGGGCUGGCAGCGCGCGGGGCCCGCGGGGCGACUCGCGGCCCAGCGCUGCACCAAAAAAAGCAUCAGUUGAAGAAAUAAUUUAGCUCUUUGAGGAAUUCCUUGACCUGUAUCGUGGAAUGUGAGGAAACUGGAGUGCCUUUUGAAAACACAUUCAAAUAAUGCAAAAUACUGAAAGGUUCACACAGACUGGUUUGCAAACCUAUUUGCUCGACUGUCAUCUUCUGGCCAUAAACAUUUCCGUGGUCCACCAACCCUUGCCUCCAAAGCACUGGAUCACAGGAUUACAUUACUACUCCUGGUUUGGUGUGCAUUUUUGUAUUUUAACUUGUAAGGACCAUUUUAAUUUGCAUCUCAUUUUUGUUUUAUUCAUACAGUAUUUAAAAUGUGUUGCAGACCAUUUUACAGAUGAUUGGUGCUUUACAUUUAUUUUUUUAUCUCCACUUCUGAUUGGCAGGUAAAAUCAUCAAGUGUUCCCUAGAGAACCGUGAAGAACUAUACAUAAUUAACAUUUUCGUUAAAUUACCCAAUUGCAUCACACCGCAUUUGAGGAAACAGCUCUCGGUUCACACAUGGAUCACCGAGCACGGCUGCUGCGAGCCUUGACAGCGUUCCCCCUGGAGCAGUUUGUCACUUUCGGGGAGCGUCUCUUUCUUUUCCUUGAGCAACUCUUGGAUGUGGAGGAGUUCGAUGGGUGGUCCCGCUUGAGGAGGAGAGCUGUGAUGCACCAGUACGACCUGCUCCGGGCCCGGUUCCCCAUGGUUCCACGCACCGUGGUGCCCGUUCGGCAGCCACGCCGCAUGUGGAUGCGCAUCCGCACCUCCACCUGGUGGGAGCAGACAUCUUCCGGCAGCGACGAAUGGAUGAAGUAUUUUCGGGUGAGCAGGUCCAUGUUCCACCGCAUCGUGGAGAUGGUGCGCUCAGAGAUGGAACCGCCAGCUUUUCAGGUGCGCAGCCCGGUCCCUUUGGAGAAGAGGGUCGGGAUUGCCUUGUACAAGUUGGCAAGCUACGAUAAGUACAGGGAGGUGGGGAAUAUGUUUGCUGUUCACCGAAGCACCGUCCACAAGUACUUGUACAAAUUCUGCCGGGUUAUGGUGGAGCUCCAUUUGCAGAACCAAAUUGCUCUGCCGAAUGAGCAUGAAGGUCGGCGCAUUGCCCGGGGCUUCUGGGAAAGAUUCUCCAUCCCCCAAGUCAUGGGGAUGAUUGGCAGCACGCACAUUCCCAUCACCCCACUCCGCGGCUGCAUCCAAGAUUACAUGAACCGGAAAGAAUGGCCUUCGUUAGUGCUGCAAGCUUUGGUGGAUGAUAAGUUGAGGUUCCGGGACAUUAGCUGUAUUGCUCCGGGUACCACACAAGAAGAGGUGGUGCUGAGACAGUCUGCUCUCUACGCCAACUCGCAUUUAUUGCCAGAGUGUCCAAUGGAAAUCUCGGGGGUUGAGGUCCCACUGCAGAUUUUGGGUGAUGCUGCCACACCAUUGCUGCCAUGGCUUCUGAAGGGUUUCUCAGUUGAAAACCCCACCCCAGAGGAAGCCUUCUUCAACAAGCACAUUUCGAAUGCACGUUCUGUUGUGGACUGUGCAUUCGGGCGUCUCAAAGCUCGUUGGAAAAUUCUGUUGAAGAGGAUGGAGGUGAAUCCUACCUUUGUGCCACACGUUGUUGCCACCUGCUGCCUGCUUCACAACCUGUGCGAGGAGCAUCACGAAGUUUUCAGGCAGCAGUGGAUGGAAGAUGUGGAAGAAGCAGAAGGCGAGCUUCCACAACCAGAGUCUCUGCCAAAUAGACCUUGUGCAGAUGAGAUUACUGAUGUGCGUGAUGCACUUUGCAGAUUCUUGGCAACCAGUCCUGAGUUUACAUAUAGUCUUCACAGACAAUAGCUAUAUUAUAAAUCUUGCAGUCUCACAACUGAUUUUACUUGUUUUUUUAUUUAUGUUGUUUUGAAGGGCAUUUCUCAAUUUAGCACACUGCUGGAUGAUGCCUAUUGGUGAUGAAAGUUAUUUCUCAAGGUUAUGUGUUACAGCGUUAAUUAGGAUUCAUUGACAUUGCUAAAAAUAACUGCAAGACAGCUGAGUUUUGAUAACCAUGCUGCCUUUCAAAGGUUGAUUCUGUUGGUGGUGUGUAGAACACCAGCCACUCCCAUUGUGAGUGGUGUGAUUGUGCCGAGUGCAAGGGGCAUGCUAUAUAUGGUUCAAUCACAAUUCAGGAAAUGUGCCCCUUGCCUGCGUACUGAAACGAUUAAGAUCAAACAAGUGCUUGGUUCAGUUGUUGCUCACCCCUGGUUCAGGUGAAUAGACAAGGGCAGAGUUUGACAGCAUUCCAUCCUUAAUUUGACCACUGGAAUUUAAGAUAAUUCCCUGUUUAAAUUGUAUUAAGUGCAAGGUGACAAUCACUUCGUACAAUAUAGGUAGGGUAAAAGUGAGAGUCAAUCAUUAUAUUUUUGUUAUUUAUAAAUACAGGCUUUUUAUGGAUAACAUACCAAUUUGCAAUUUACAGUUUUAAACAUUUUUUAAAAUGUCACCCGUUUAAUUUUAAAGCAUGAACAUGGUUUAAAAAUAUAUUUCUACAUAUCUGUAUUUUAUGUUAUCAGGAAUAAAUGCAUAGUCUCUUUUACAUGCUUGGAAAAAAUAUAUUACAAUAACAGCGAGGAAAUCUUUAAUAAAACUGACUACAGAUUUAGUGGUGCAUUUGACACUAUACUUUUAAAUUGGCCUGUGAGCCUUACUGGCAAGGUCUGAUCACAUCUGUUGCACAUGCACACAUUUCCACGGGCCUAUGCCAGAUGUAUUUUCCAUGGUUUUCAAGACCAGCAGAGAUACCUACGCACUUAAUUCCGUUGCACAAAUGGGCACGACUUCAUCUAAAAAAUGUCAAUUUGUAUACAAAAGCUUGAUUGCCUUAAUUUGUUAUUGGCUUAGAAUAUACAAUUUGCCAACAAUUAGGUUGAGUGUAUUUUUAUAUGUAGCAGAAUAACUUUUUUGAUUAAAAUGUAAUGCUGUUGCAGAUACUUAUGGUAUAGCAAACAGUGAUAUUAUUUUUUCAUAAUUUUUGAAUGUUGCAAGGAUAUUGAAGUGAAGUAAAACAAAAUAAUUGAUAUAGGUAGUGCAGUUUUAAAUGUUGACUUUACUGUGUUAUUUCAAAUAUGUCAUGUGAAUAUUAAGAGAACUGUACAUGUAUUUUAUACUUUGUAAAGUUAUUAAAUGUGUUUUUGCAAAGGUACUGUGCAUUUUGAUUUCUUCAUGCCUUAAAUUGUGCAAGUGUUUUGAAAGAUAAACCAUUGCAGUACUUAGUUUUUUUCACGAAAUUGUUAAAUGUAGGUUCAUUUGACAUUUUAAGUACUGUAUACUGACGAGAGGAAUAAUGCUGCAUCGAUUCAUAUAGGUUCUUAAGCUCUUAAUAAAUAUAUCGAAAUGUGUUUAAAGAUUCAGCUAAAUGUACCACAAUAUAAAACAUCAAUUGAUUCUGGAAUUUAAUCGCAACAAUGAAUCGGUGACAUUUAACACCCCUAACAAUGACUGGUUUAUUUUUAUUCUACAUUACGUCUGUGAAUAUUUUUUUUCCAUCGUGGUAUCAGAAUACAAUGUCAGGCAGAACAUUUACUGUAAAAAAAAUAUAGAACAAGUCUUUAUCGCAUGAAUAAGUGACUUGUGGAGAAUUGUUGACAUGGUCUUGCAUUGAUCCUUACCAGGCCAACGUGUGCACUUAAUCAUGUAACCCAAGUGAAAAAAAAAUCCCUGCUACUGCAGUUGUGAACUUGGUCAACCUGAUUGGUGCUUUUUUUCCGUGAUGGCAGCGACUUGAAAACAGGUUGAGCACAUUAUACUGUGAAUCAAUGUCUUGUGCAUCUGAGCAUAUAAAGUAUUACAUAAAGUUUACAGUUACCUAUUCUAAGAAUGUGUAUUGAAAGGUUAAUUUUAAUAAACACCUCUGUGUACAUG